AUGGCUGUAUGUGCGACGGGAGAAGCUGAGCGAUGGAAAAAUAUUAAUUAUUAUUAUUCAUCAUUCGAGAAAUCAAAAGUUUUACGUUCUUCAUGGUGGCUUAUUAUGUUGGACGAUAUUACUAAAUCGAUCAAGGAAAAUAUGACUAAAAUAUUCAAUACACCAUUAGAAUCAUUUCGUUUAAGAAAUCCACAUUUAUUAUCGUUGGCAUCAAAAAGUGAUUUAAUGAAAUUUACUAAUAUUCGGAUUGUUGAAACGACAGUUGAACGUAUUUUCCUAGAAGAAUUUAAUAAGACUCAACCUGUAUCAGUUAUCGAUAUGUUAGCGUGUUUUCCAAGUCAAAGCGAAAAUUAUUCAAAUGAAUUUGUUGAACGAAAAAGAUCAAUUAAUUGGUGGAGUUUCUUGUUUGAACAAAUAGAUAUUGCCAUAAAAUCAGAUAAAAAAAUAGAGGCGAUGCUAAAAGACAAAUUAGUCGAAAAACCAAUAUUUUUAAUACGUCAAGCGGCAAACAAUAGUAUUAAUUCACAAAAUUCCAUAAAUAAACCACUUAUUUGA